CAAAUCUUCUUUUCUAACCACUCAAUAGCCACAUAUCAAAAAUAUCCAAUUGACCACACAUUACAUAUUUACAUCACAUGACCGAUGAAACAAAAAUCUCUUUAACUUUAUCUUAUUUUGCCUAGACAAAAACCCAUAGCGAUUAGCAAAUAGUCAUGUCUCGAACGUUGGCUUUGGUUGGGCUGGAGGUAAGCUCCGAGCUGAGUGGCUCGACCAGUCUAGCUCUCAUGACUGAAACUAGCCAUGGCAUCGUGACUCGUUCUAAACUCGUUAUCAACACCCAAUCCAUACACAAACUCGAUCACAAAAAGAUGAGUCGUAGAGUUGUGCUAAGACUGAUUACUAGUGGGCUAGCUUCGGCUUCUUUUGUUCAGAUUGCAGAGGUGAAAGUGAAACCUAUCAUGGUGGGCCCACCUCCUGGUCUAUCUACUGAACUAUGUGAAUCUCUGGCCACGUCAUCUUAUUCGUAUUCUCUUUUCCCCAUUUGCUUCAUAGGUUUAAUACACUUGAAGAUCGCCAUGGAUGAUGAAGAAAAAUGGUCAACGACUAGAGGUUAAGCAAGAUAAUCUCAAACAAAACUGUCAAUGACUACAACCCUAAACAGGACCAUCGACACACACUUACACCCAUGCUUUAUCACUAAAAUUCGUGCCUGUCUUUUUUUUAGAAUUUAAGUAUCUUUUUAGUUUUCAUUUGUAGUUUAUAGUAUGUUUUUUUUAGUUAUUUCCUUUGUCCUUUUAGUAGGAUUUAAUUAUGUUAUUUUAGUGUUGUUUGAAUGUAUAUUAUUUUAGUGUGGGUUUUUAAUUAAAUGUUAUUGUUAUUGUUUUAUAUA